AUGGCUGAAAACAACUUCCCCCCGCUGCCUCGAUUCAUCCCCCUGAAGCCCUGCUUUUACCAGGACUUCAACGAGAUCCCAGACCAGAGCCGUACCAUGUGCAAACGCCUCUACUAUAUAUGGAUAUUGAACAGCGCCACUCUUGCGGUGAAUCUGAUUGGUUGUCUGGCGUGGAUGUGCGGCGGCGGUGGAGCCACUAACUUUGGCAUGGCUAUUCUCUGGCUCAUUCUCUUCACGCCUUGUUCCUAUGUGUGCUGGUUUAGGCCCAUUUACAAGGCUUUCAAGACUGACAGCUCCUUCAACUUCAUGGCUUUUUUUUUUGUUUUCAUGGCUCAAGUUGUGAUCCUGAUCAUUCAGACAGUCGGGAUCCCAGGCUGGGGAGUGUGCGGCUGGCUGGCGACCAUUACCUUCUUCAGCACCAACAUCGGAUCAGCUGUGGUGAUGCUGAUCCCCACGCUCAUGUUUACUGCUCUGACUGUGCUCUCCUGCAUCGCCCUCACAAAGGUCCACAACUUCUACCGUGGCAGCGGGGGCAGUAUGGGGAAGGCCCAGGAGGAGUGGACCUCUGGGGCCUGGAAAAACCCACACGUCCAGGCUGCAGCACAACAGGCCGCGAUGGGAGCUGCUCAAGGCGCCGUGCAGCAGAACCAGUACUCUGCAGCCCCCACCUACAACUACGACGAGCCCAUGUAG